CUGAUUAUGUGGAAUAGAUAUCUAGGGUCACUCCGCCUCGGUCAACUUAUCUCAUCUUCAUGAUCAGACGCUACCGCCAUCAGCCUUGUCGUCUGACAUCACAUUGAGAUCUGACCCUUCUUUGGCACACCAAGAGACUCAUGGGUGCUCGGGAUAUCAUCUUGCCCGCCUUCCCUCCCUGAGAAACAUGAAGCCAACACGAGAUGUCCAGUGGCGUUAGAUAUCUCGGGUCGUAAAAGGGUGCGACUCGCUCUCUUUCGAUUGAUACUCGUGCAUAUCGCGUCGCUUCAUGAACGCGGGCGGGACACAGUGCUAUUUUCCUCGCGAGAGGACAUAUACAACGCACCUCCCCGAAACCACACCUCUCCGCUACCCCAGCUCAUCCGUGCACAGUCAUGCACCCCGAGCAAUAUACCCACAGCUACUCGGUACCCGUUCUCCCGUCAGGACCCACUGCCACGAGACUGGGGGGAACACUCAAGUACUGGUCGGAUAAUUCUGUCUAUUAUACGGACCCUAGAAAGGACGGGUUUGUAGGCCUUGCGAACGACGACUACGCAGAAGAUGUAUAUGCGAUGGGAGGCAUGUCAUGCAACCGGCCUUACCUCAUCGGAGGGCCGCAGGAAGCGGAUGAUACCCCCGUCCCAUUGAUGCAAGACUCAGUAUACGAUCGUGUGGGGUCUCACAACCUUGGUAUCGCGACACCACCGGCGUCGAUCAUGCCCCACGAGCACAACACGACAUAUGGCGUGCAUGCCUAUGCGCGCACCGAUCAUCUACCCGCCCUGUACAGCAAGGGCUCCCAAAUUUCUAGCCAUCAAGGGGAGUCACAAAGCGAACCUUCCGCGCAGUGUUCGAACGCCAUUCUUCUACCACAACCAUCCCGCGCGACCGAUCAUCAGCAGUGGGUCAUUCCCCAGGAGGUGUACGCUGGGACAAAGGGGUAUUCGGCUCCAGCGCCUCUGCGAUCCAUGCACGUCGAUGUUGCGGUGUUGCAGGCUCUCGAUCCAGAGCGGCUCGCGUUGUGCUUGGUAGACCCUCUGAGUCCCGGAUUCCCGGGCGAAGCCGGAGCGCCAGAUAGGAAACGCCAGAAACUGACCGUUCGCUACAAGUUCAUCGAUUGCAACCGAGGGGUCGUAUGGCAGAACCCAUACCCGAGGCAGAUAAACGAGUACGCUUCUACUAAACGCCAGUCCUGCGACCCAUUCGUCAAGGCAGCGCAGCGCCUCCAUGGAGCGAUUGAGACGUCACGCGAGGACUUCAAGUCGAAACCCCUCAUGCGUAUCGCGCUGGUUGAAAUCGUUGCGCGGGAGCUGCAGGACUUCAUGGUGAAGCUAGAGGCCGGAGACUCUCCAUUGACCUUUCGCGGCAUCCCAGUCGACUUCAAUCACUUGCGGAUCGUCAGGAUCGACAGACCGACAACGGCCACCGUCCAGCCCGUACUCGAGAUUAUUUCUGGAUAUCGCUAUCUGUACUCUCGCAUCGCGGGAGUCCUCUAAAACUGUUCUGCUUCUCGGCGUUGUAGGUUCGUCUUGCUGCAGGAUCUGCUGGCCAGUCUAUGUAUAUUCUAUUCUACGUCGUAUUUCUUGACAGAUCUGUAUCAUGUGUAAUUCUUACACUGGC